AUGACCAUCAGGCAGCUUCCACAGGAUGUCGUCGACAAGAUUAAAUCAUCGGUCAACAUCACGUCCUUGAACGGAGUAGUCUGCGGCCUCAUCGCCAACUCUUUGGAUGCCGGUGCUUCCAAGGUCAACAUUUCCGUCGAUUACGCCAGGGGAAAUUGUACUGUUGAAGAUAAUGGGUCCGGAGUUACACCUGAAGAAUUUAAAGAUGGCGGGGGACUCGGGAAGCUCCACCACACAUCCAAGUGGCCUACAAGAUCAUCUCUUCAUGGGAAACACGGCGAUUUCUUAGCCUCUCUUGCUACAUUUUCUCUUCUAACCAUCACAUCUCAUCAUGAAAGGCACAUCUCUCAUAAUUCCAUCACAGUCCACAACUCUCGGGUUCUAGCUAGACAGCUGCCCACACCCCCUGAGUCACGACUUGUCAACUUUGACCAUGGAACCCGCACUACAAUCCGAGACCUAUUCGGUACUAUGCCAGUCCGAGUCAAGCAAAGAGCAGUUUUCAGUGAAAAGUUUGCUCUCGACAAGGAAUGGUCAAAGUUGACUCGAGCUGUCGUGGGCAUGCUUCUCGCAUGGCCGUCGAGUAUAACUGUAUCACUAAGACAUGCAGCCACCCAACGUGAACUUCGAUUCCGACCACCCGAGAAAUUAGACAUAACAUCGAGGACCUCUCGCAUCCUUACCCAAGCCGGUCUUGCAGACUCAAGCGAUGUAGAUGCUUGGGUGCCUAUCUCAGCAUCAUGCGGACCCAUUUCUGUCAAGGGAUGUAUUUGCACGAAUCCUGUUGCAACGCGGCGUUCUCAAUUUAUCAGCUUGGGAAUUAUCCCUAUUAUCAACGAGUUCGGCACUGACGUGCUUUACGAAGAGAUCAACAGGAUCUUUGGUAACUCUAGCUUUGGCGUUGUUGAUGGCGAAGAGGGCCAUCGUGGUGUUUCACUAAAGCUAGAUGAGUUUACGGGCAGGGAACUACGAAGUCGCAAAGGAAUUGAACGGUGGCCCAUGUUCUAUCUGAAAAUUACGGCCUCCUCCUUAGAAGGGAUCAACAAUCCGGACCAGCUAGGAAGCCAUGGCCAGACGUUGUCCGCGAUCCUUGACCUCUUGAAGGCGACAUGUUAUGGAUUCCUCAAGAAGCAUCAAUUCAGACCGCGGAAAGUUCAACUAAGGCCUGAAGAAUCUUUGUUUUCGACAGCGAGGACACUGGGUCGGUCUAAGAAGCCGAAACCAUCAAAUAGCUCCAGAGCUAGUUCCGUCGCCUCGACAUCCCGAUCUAAAUCAGUCUCAGCACGAGUGGAUAGCCCCUUUGAAGGAUGGCACCGGGUGAAAGUUGGAAGAGCUACACCACUCAGUUCUACUUCAAAAGAGACAGAUGUUUACACAAAGACGCGAGAGCGGCAUUCCCCUGGCCGCCUUGUUGGUGAGGGCGGAAAGUUGCUGCGCAAACCGUUUGACAUGUCUUCUCCUGAACCAGAAGACCAACCAAGUGAUUUGUCAACAGCAAUCAGCACCUUUGGCUCUGAUAUCCGCACUGUCGAUUCUGAAACAAGUGACAGUAACACAAGCAGCGGCACUGCCGGUCGAGUUGCACAGAGGCGAGACAAACAGCCCAGUAAAUGGCUUCAGGGUGUAAUCAGCUCUUGGGAAAAUCCCGUUUUUCAAUCUGUGCAAACAUUAAUACCCUGCAUCGAUGGUUCGACGUCAGAUCAACCCCAUAUGUGCGGCAGGAAUAACCAUAGCGGCAGUCAUUUAGGGAUUGGCGCCGAAUCUAUGGACCUCAAGGGAAAGAUUUCUCGUCAUGCCCUCAGUUCUGCUACUGUGAUAGCACAAGUUGACCGCAAAUUCAUUUUGGUCAAGCUAUCGUUGGAAAGUGUAAAAUCCGAAAAUUCCAUACUCGAAAGGCAGAGCUCAGCACUGGUUAUGCUCGAUCAGCAUGCGGUUGAUGAACGGUGUCAAUUGGAGGAACUCAUGUUGGAGUAUUUCACCACUGACCCUUUGACCAACCAAGUAUUGCCCCAGAUAGAACCUCUAGAUCGGCCCAUUAUCUUUGAGGUUCCGCAAGAGGAGUGGUCUCUGUUAGAACAGCACCGUGAGUACUUUGCCGCUUGGGGCAUCACAUAUCAGACGCCUCCAUCCGCGCAUCGCCACAGAGUCGUGGUCAAUGGUCUUCCACCAAGCAUUAUCGAACGCUGUCGUCUAGAACCUCGACUGCUCAUUGAGCUUCUGCGCACAGAAGCCUGGCGUAGUGUUGAUAGCAGCAUUCCACUAGUGCGACCAGCAACUGCUGCUCCCGAUAAGCCCCUCAUAUCACGUUUUAACGGGUGUCCAAGAGGUAUCUUGGAGUUGUUACACUCCAGAGCCUGCAGAAGUGCCAUUAUGUUUAACGAUAUUCUCACGACCCAACAGUGCGAGGAACUCAUCGCUCGCCUCUCACGUUGCGCAUUCCCGUUCCAAUGUGCGCAUGGUCGGCCCAGCAUGGCACCGUUGGUUGAUCUUGGAAAUGAGGGGAAGUUUGGUGGAUGGAAAGAGACGGAAAAACAGAAGAAAGUGUCGUGGAAGAGCUGGUUAGAGUCAUCGUGA